CUACUAAAUACUAGUAAUAAGUAUAAUAUAGUACAAUGUAUAGAAUAUGCUCUGUGCUACGCUAAAUGCUCCACAGCCAUGCUAGCAUAAUCCAAAUGUUUUAUCAGGCACCGAAGGUCUGCCAUGUAAUAUGAUAUGUUGAAUGUUCAAAAUUUGGUCUGGUUACUAAGCACAGUAAGCCGUUUAUUACUGCUCUAUUACAGCCAGGCAUGAGGCACGCGUAUGGCCUGGGCAGAUUAUAAAGGCUAAAGGUGAAAAGACUGGAAGACACCCGAACGCGCAGUUGACCAGCAAGCAGCAGCUGCCAUAUUUCCGCCAGUGCCAGAGCUCAGCAGCACUCAGACCGGGCGGACUGGUCUGCUCUGCUGCACCUCCUGAAUAAUGAAUGAGUGACGCGCACAUUGCGGCUCUCUCUGCGGCUGUGAGGGAGGCGGGUCGCGCAUGCAUUAUGACGCGGCGCUGACGUGCAUGCAGGAGUUUUAAUCCUCUGCCGCAGCAGCAGAUCAGCCGGUAACGCGAGGAGGGGGAUGCGCGGUCGGUCGGACGGACGGACGGCUAGAACGGCUAAAAAAAGCCGCAGACAAUUAAAUCCACGAACAAUAUUUAUAGUGUGUGAAAAAGGCGACCGACUCGACCGAAAGCUCCUCCUCUCUCGCUCCAAACAGGCUUUAGGAAGUUAUAGGACACAGUGCCUCUCUUAUUGUUCUUGACCAGGCCUGGGAAUAGGAGAGCUGCGCUGUUUUGACGCAAUUAAAUGGGUGAUUACGGGUUCGGCUUGUUGCAGACAGCGAACAUCAGCAGCAGCAGCAGCAGCAGCUCCGCACUGUUCGGCGGAGGCGCAUUCACACCCUAUUCCAGCCCGUCUCCGGUGUGCCCCAGCAGCUCGCCUCUGGUGUCCCCUCUUUUCCCGUCACAUCAGCGCAACAUGCAGGAUGAGCCUGCGGGGUUGACAGCUUCUCAGUCCAGCGACACCAACAGCGAGCAGAGCAGCGCCGCCGACAACGACCUGAGCCGUUUCUCCUCCGCUGUAGGUCACGCACAGACAGCCGGUGACCUUCAGCACGACCGGAACAUACAUCAGCAGGCUGAGCCGCAACAGCAGCAGCCGCACUCCUCCUCCUCAUCCACGGGCCUGGACACCGAUGCGCCAUCGUCCAAGGUGAAGACCCAGAUGGAGUCCCCCAGCGCCCACCACAUCAACAACGGCACCGGUGGCAAUAACAUGCUCGCCGCCGCUUUCCCGGAGAUGCAGAACCCCGGGGGCGGCGGCUCGGCUUCCCCCACCCUGCCCGCUUUCGGAACGCCGUGGUCCGUGCAGACGAGCUCCCCGCCUCCGCCCGUCUCCAAUUCCGCUAACGCAAUAAACCCGAUCCCCACCACCGAGCCUGACAACUUCUACCCGGGCAUCCCUUCCUCUAUCAACCCCGGCUUCUUCCAGAGCUUCUCGGCCAACCCGUGCCCGGUGCAGGGCUUCAGCAGCCCCUUCUCCCCCCAGAUCAACGUCCCCCCGCAGCCACCGCAGAGCCGCCGGUCCCCGGUCAGCCCGCAGAUUCCCCCGCAGCAGGGCGCCUUUCUGCAGCAGAGGAACAACUACAACCACCACCAGCCCAUGAUGAAGCAGUCACCGUGGGGCAGCCAUCAGGGCAGCGGCUGGACCUCCGGAGGGGUGUCCUGGGGCAGAGACCACCGGCGCGGGGGCGGCAUGGGUGUGCCCGGCUCGGUCAACCAGAUCUCUCCCAUGAAGAAACCCUUCUCCAGUAACGUCAUCGCUCCGCCGAAGUUUCCCCGCUCCGCCGGCUCUCUGGGACCUAAAUCCUGGAUCGAAGAAAAUAUGUUCCGUACCGACAACAACAGCAACACGCUGCUGCCGCUGCAGGAUCGGUCCAGGAUGUAUGACAGUUUGAACAUGCACUCGUUGGAGAGCUCCCUGAUUGACAUCAUGAGGGCAGAGCAGGACCCUCUUAAGGGCCGUGUGGGAUGCCCCCACCCAGCCGCUGACGGCCUACUCAUGCUCAAUGCCAGGAGCUAUGGGAGACGACGAGGACGUUCCUCACUCUUCCCCAUUGAUGACGGUCUUCUAGAUGACGGCCAUGGCAACCAGGGGGUCCCGGGGGUCCUGGGGUCUCCUCACUGUUACCCCCAUCAGAACGGGGAGCGCAUCGAGAGGUUCUCCCGCAAAGUGUUUGUGGGCGGUCUGCCCCCUGACAUCGAUGAAGAUGAAAUCACAAGCAGUUUUCGGCGCUUUGGUCAUCUGGUUGUUGAUUGGCCACACAAAGCAGAGAGCAAGUCUUACUUCCCCCCUCUAGGUUAUGCCUUCCUGCUGUUCCAAGAGGAGAGCUCAGUUCAGGCACUGAUUGAAGCCUGUCUGGAGGAAGAUGGGAAACUCUACCUGUGUGUGUCCAGCCCCACCAUCAAAGACAAGCCUGUCCAGAUUCGUCCAUGGAACCUGAGUGAUAGUGAUUUUGUGAUGGACGGAUCUCAGCCGCUGGACCCUCGCAAGACCAUCUUUGUAGGAGGAGUGCCACGUCCACUGAGAGCUGUGGAGCUGGCCAUGAUCAUGGACCGCUUGUAUGGUGGAGUGUGUUAUGCGGGUAUUGACACUGACCCGGAGCUGAAGUACCCAAAGGGGGCGGGGCGUGUGGCCUUCUCCAAUCAGCAGAGCUACAUCGCUGCCAUCAGCGCCCGAUUCGUCCAGCUGCAGCAUGGCGACAUCGACAAACGGGUGGAGGUGAAGCCGUACGUGCUGGACGACCAGCUGUGCGACGAAUGCCAGGGAGCACGUUGUGGCGGAAAGUUCGCCCCGUUCUUUUGCGCCAACGUCACCUGCCUGCAGUAUUACUGCGAGUUCUGCUGGGCGAACAUCCACUCCCGCGCCGGGCGCGAGUUCCACAAGCCGCUGGUCAAAGAGGGAGCCGACCGUCCCCGCCAGAUCCACUUCCGCUGGAACUAAAGACGAGGAUUCCGGGAGCACGCAAGAUGACGCAGAAACAACACGUCUGCUGUGGGGGAAAAAAAAGAAAAAAAAAGAUGCUUCGUUUGGCCCCUGAACCCAAGCUGUCAGUAUAGAGUACAUAACCGUAUACAGUAUAUAGAGAAUAUAUAUGACUAUAAAUAUAUAAAUAUAUCUUUAUCUUUUGUAGCAGCCAGAAACACUACAAGCCUCAGUUUAUUUCACCAAACCACUUCUUUCUCCUCCCUCCCUGUACAUCUCAGGCUCGGAACAGAGUUUUUGUGGUACGUUCGUGUUUUUUAAAAAGGAGAUUAAGACAAAAAAAGAGAUUGAUUUUUUGUAGUUUUUUCAAAUUAUUUUUAUAUGUGAGAUUUAAAACGUAGAAACGAGAAUGUUUUCGCUUGGGGGGGGCAGCCUGUCCGUUCUGUUCAUUCGUUCUGUCCGUCGUGUGUCCGUCUGCUGCUAAAUCCCCCCCUAGUGGGCAAAGUGCGCAAUUGUCUCUGGAAAACCCUUGAUGAUGUAAUCUCUGAUGCCUGCCCUGGAUCUCGAACCAAAGGUAGCAAAACGCGCGGCAUGAAAAAACGAGACGUUUGCCGCGGAGUAUACAAAAGAUUUUUAAAAAAAGUAAUAUUUCCCCCCUCGAUGUUUCGCUCCAAUGUGCUCUUAGCAGGAAUAGGAAUGAGUCAAUAAUUAAUUACUGAGACUUUCCAUUUUCCACUGGCAAAAAAAAAAAAGGACAA